AAUCCUGUGAACUCAGAGCACAGAAGCAAGACAGGGGCAUCACCGAGGUGACAACAUCAGCUCACAAGUCAAACAAUGGUCAGCAUGCUGAGAUCGUGGAUGACGCUCGCAGCGCUCGUCGUCUGCCUGCUGGUGUGUCUGAGCGCCUUCGCGGACGCCUACCCUCCCAAACCGGAGAGCCCCGGGAGCAACGCCUCACCGGAGGAGUGGGCCAAGUACCACGCGGCUGUCAGGCAUUAUGUCAACCUCAUCACCAGACAGAGGUACGGGAAGAGAUCAUCCCCGGAGCAGGCGGUGGCGUGGCUGCUGUUCGGGGGAGAUUCAAGCCAAGACACUGAACCACGCUCGGACUAUGUCGAUUCUUGGUAAACGACACCUCGACAUCCUCCAACCCCGAUGCUUGGAAUCACCUCCACGACCUGCACUGGACUUUGUGACUCUGUAGAUUUAAUUAUUUCAUGUGCAUGCAAUUCUCUUUCUCUCUCUGUUUGUCUCUCCCAGUACUUGUAUUUGUUCUUUGGCCAGAAAAAUGUAAAUACUUUGUAUCAGAAUCAAUCAACUUUACAACAGAGCUCUGAGUGGGAUUAAAGUAUCACAUAGACACA